CUGCAGUUUCUGGAAAUUACUCUUUGCUAGUCUUCUUCUCUUCUCGUUUAGCUCAAGAUUGGAUAUGGCGUUUGCUAAUUACUUACUCGCAGUUACAGUCGACACUUCAAUUACUACUAAUCCUAAUUACUCUAACAAACCCACCUUCUUCCUUAACUCUUCUGCUACUAAUCACUCAUCCUCUCUAUCUUUCUCCUCCAAGCUUAAAAAUCGCACUCUAUCUCCCUCACUUUCAAGAAUCGUAAAGACAAAGGCUCAAGAAUCAUCAGCAGUGAAUGAUAAUGUAGCAGCCGACGCUUUUACUCACUUCAAGCACUUGCUUCUCCCCAUCACUGAUCGUAACCCUUUUCUCUCCGAGGGCUCAAGACAGGCUGCUGCUACUACUGCUGCAUUGGCAAAGAAAUAUGGAGCUGACAUCACUGUUGUGGUUAUUGAUGAAAAGCAGAAAGAAACAUUACCGGAGCAUGAAACCCAAAUGUCUAGCAUACGAUGGCAUCUCUCUGAAGGGGGAUUCCAGGAGUUCAAGAUGUUGGAGCGGCUUGGUGAAGGAACUAAGCCCACAGCCAUCAUUGGUGAGGUUGCUGAUGACCUUAACUUAGAUUUGGUAGUCAUAAGCAUGGAAGCAAUUCAUUCCAAGCAUGUGGAUGCCAACUUGCUGGCCGAGUUCAUUCCCUGCCCCGUCUUACUCUUACCACUAUGAAUUCCAUCCUUAACCGGCAGAGCAACUGUGACCAAGCCAUUUUGCAAUUGCAAGACCAAUUUUCUCCUGGUGGGUAUUUUAAGUUUGAUCCAACUAUUCCGCACUUCAUGUGUUGUGCAAGAGUGUUGGUGUGGAUAGAUUAGCUUAGUAAAUCCCGGGAAAGAGGCUAAGCCUGCUGGUGGCGUUUCUUUCAUUUCCUUAAUAUAAGUUUCUUAGAUGCAAGCUGAAGUUGGUUUUGUUUUUCAUUAGUGCUCUCUGGAAUAUGUUGUGCAUUCAACUUUCUCUUGGAUGAGUCUUUUGAGUAUGCUUAUUGUGUCAUAUUUUGCA